AUGAUGAUUUGUCGUACCUCUUGUAAGCUUUUGCGUGGCGGUGAUCUUCUUCAUUUAAUUAGAAAAAGAUUCAGCAGCAGCAGCAGCAGCAGCUCUGAGAUAACGAGCUCGAAUUAUUCAUUUACAGAGGCACGUUGUAUGCAACAUUGGCGUAAAAAUUGGGAAAGCGAGAGGAGAAAUCGACUAACAUCGAGCACUUUUGCUCAAGCGAUUGGGUUUUGGCCUAACCGUAGAGUCCAACUCUGGCUAGAGAAAAUCGGAGCGUCAGAGCCAUUUUCAGGCAACGCAGCCACGUGUUGGACCAAGAUCAAAGAAGUCGAAGCACUCAAUAGAUACCACGAACUAACAGGACACGUCCUUCACUUACCUGAAUUCGUAGCUUCAGAGAAAGAAGAAGAAGAUAACUGGUUAGGAGCUUCUCCUGAUGGAGUCAUCGACGUUGUUAGAGAUGGGUUUUGCUCAGAAGGUGUGCUUGAGGUGAAAUGUCCGUUUUACGCUUAUCCGUGGAAGAAAGUUCCUUGGCAUUAUGUUCCGCAAGCUCAGGGAUUGAUGGAGAUUAUGGAUAGAGAUUGGUUUGAUUUGUAUUGUUGGACUGUUAAUGGGAGUAGUUUGUUUAGGAUUGAGAGAGAUUCUGCGUUUUGGGGAGAAAUGAGAGUAACGCUUGUUGAUUUCUGGGAGAAACAUGUUGUCCCUGGGAGAGACAAGUUUAAUGAUAGCUCUGUUGUAAUUACAGAUCCUUUGGUGGAACUGAUGGAGUUUGUGCCUGAAUCUAGACAUGAACGUUGUAAUCAUAUUUUGCGUGGGACUGAGAGGAUUAUGGAUAACUCUAAGCGCUUGUUUUAUGAAAUUAAUGGACAGAUUUUAGAUUGA